ACGUGAUCGGAAGAUUCGAUUAGACAAUUGUGUUGGUGGUUGUCCGUUUGAUUGAGCAUCUUAGGAUAUCUUAUUCUCUCGCAGUUCUUACUUGCAUUUGUAAUUUCAUCUAAUAAUCAUGGCUUUAAUGCCCAGAGAAUCUGCAAAGUUAAUUGCCAGACUUGCAAAGAACGUAUUUAUCGAGGAAGAGGGUGUUAAAAAACUUGCAUGCGAGGUGCUGGAGGGACUCAAGAAUCAUAGCAUUUGUACCGCUAAUUAUUCACAACAUGAACUUCAUCCUAAACCUGACGAUAACAAAGCAGCAGAUUGGGUGUUCGUGUUGGAUACAUUGAACUUUUCAUUUUGGAAUUCAGGAAAUGAUCCAAAAUGGAAGGUGAAUGGUUAUACUGGAUACUUUGCUCUAUGUGCUGCUAUAAAGAGAGCCAUUGAAGCAGGCAAGCCAAUACUAGAUCCAAAUUAUUAUGCGAAAAUAUCAAAAGCUGAUCUCGAAGCGAUUUUCGAUGGCGAUGAAGAUAGUGGAAAAGCACCACUGGUCGAUGAAAGACUAAAAUGUUUGCACGAAGUUGGAACAAUUUUGUUAGAAAAAUAUAAUGGUUCUUUUACCGAAUGCAUCAAAGCGUGCAGAGGUUCCGCAGUUGAGUUAUUAAAAUUGAUUGUAACUGAAUUUCAGUGUUUUAGAGAUGAAGCUGAUUUUCAUGGCCAUAAAGUGGCUUUGUACAAAAGGGCACAAAUUCUUAUUGGUGAUAUUUGGGCCUGUUUUCAAGAGAAAGAUCUUGGAGCCUUUCAUGACAUUGAAGUGAUCACAAUGUUUGCAGACUACAGAAUUCCUCAAGUAUUGGUACACUUUGGCGCAAUGCGAUACAGCAAUCCACUACUCAGCAUGCUUCAGACUGGUACUGAACUUAAACAGGAAUCUAUAGAGGAGGUAGAAAUCCGUGGUUGUUCGAUAGAAGUCGUUGAACGUGUUUGCGACGAAGUAAGGUCUUUAAUUAAGCGUUAUCCUAGUUUAAAUCUUAAGGAAUCAGAUUGCAAUGCUAUUUUGAUCGAUAAUUUCUUAUGGGACUAUCGAAGGCGACAUGCUCAGGAAUUGGAAAGUAUACCCUUUCAUAGAGUUAGGUGUAUUUAUUAUUGAUUAGUGGCAUAUGGAAUUUGCAAUAUUUUAGCUUGUACAAGAAUAUUAAUAAUUUGCAUAAUGUAUUAGAAUGUAUAGAGGACUAGAAUCUAGGCUUUUUCUUUGUGAUUCAUCAUUUUGCAAUGUGAAAAAGAUUAGAAACAGAGAAGGAUUGAUCUAUUUAUAUGCAACUCAGAAGUAUACAUUUCAAAAAAUAUACUAGCUUAUAUUUUUUAUAAACUGAGGGAGAUAAUAAUUUGGGUAGAAUUUUUGGAAGUUUUCAACAAAUAUUUAGACGUAAUUCCACUCUUGUUAUAAUAUCACAAAAUGGUGAUUGAAACAUUUAUCUUUGAUCAAAGCUUAGAUCUAAACUUUCAGUCCUGUAUACGAGGGUCAAUAUACUAGUAUUUUUAAUUUUUUGUAAAAACUCAAAAUGAGAAAGACCUGUGGACUGCUGUGAUUGUAAGUUACCUUCGUUUUACGGUUAUGUGAACAUUGGACUUCUUAUUUGAUAUACUCAAAUUAGAUAUUAUUGCCAUGUAUAAUACUCGGGUAAUUUUAUUUUUGGCAGUAACGUGGGACCAUGUUAAUAUCUUGUUUCUUUCAUAGUUAAAAGUAUAGAUGAAUUUAUUCACGUGACUUUCUUCUUAAGGUUUCCAGCGAAUAGUUAUUACCCUGAGCAAUAAACGUCAGGCAUAUAUAUUCUUAGAUAUUUUAUUAUUCUAAAAUAUA